AUAUGAGGUAAAUGUGUCAUUUUGCCUCGUGGCUCUCUCAGCUUGACAGUUGAAUUACAACUUUAAAUGAUUCCAAAGUGGUUCACAGUUUUCUAGACUGAGUUAUCAGGAUUAUAGAAAUUAAAGCUGUCGAGAAUUUUGAAACGUUUGGGAUUUGAAUAAGGAAAAGGUUUGAGGAAGAAAAGAUAUAUAUUUAUAUUUCUAAGAGAUGUUCUUUGGAAGAAUGUUGUAACAUGUGUCACGAAUGCUAAUGUAAAGAAAAUCUUUGAGCCAAUCAGAAACGAGUUUUUGCUUGCACAAUAACACAAUCAUCUUCAGUGCAAAUUACAGUGUACAAAGUACUUACAAGGCUAAGCACCUGUUAGACACCAGUAAAAAUACACCACACUAUCGAUCAAUACGUACGUGGCCUCGGUUGUAUUGAUCUGUAAUAGCCCCAUCAUUGCCUGACUUCCUUCUGAGCAGCUGCUCGCGAGACCAAACUAACAAGACCAAACCCCGAUGAUUUAAUAAAUAUUUAAGCUUAAAUAUCACAACAAAACGCAAAACAGGACUCAUGGUUUUGUAUAAGUCAAAAGAAAGUUCUAAACCUGGUAGUGUUUUGAGAAUGAAGACAAAAAGAGACGAAUAGCACACCUGUCUUACUAGUUUGAGCGCGCGGUUUUCGCCUAAACGAGCUCUGAGACAUUUGUCAUGUCACGCUUUGACCACUGCAUAUAAUCGGUUAAAGGUGGUCUUUUUAUUGAACGAUCUCUAAGAGGGUUGAUAAACAAUCCACUGGGCUUUUGUUCGAUCUGAGCAGGUGUUGGCUUUUCAUGCUAAUUUGCUUUUACAUUUGACAGAAAGGCUCCGCGAUCAAAGGGUUGAUGGGAGCUCGCUUAUGUAUCGUAUCAUGAAUUAGAUUUAACCAGGUGUUUAGAGCCAUCUUGAAUACAAUCUUACUCGGCCAAACAACAAGAGAUACAGUCGUCCACAAGCUCUUCUUUUUAAGAAAGAAGAGAACAAGCCGGAUCAGACACAUCUCUGAGCUGUUCACGGGAGAAGUCGCACGGGGACUCGAAGUAGAGAGAGAAAAUUUGGGACAAGACUGAAAAUAUGUGCGAUUCACCUCUACCUAUUCCAAUGUACCAUACCACUGCUUAUACGAGUUUUACGAGGUCACUAGAAGCUCAGAAAGCUCACAUCAGCUCUGAAACUCGCAACACACCUGGAGAAAAAAAUCCCAUCAAACGAGAGACAAAAAUAACUACGGCACCAACUGACAGCGGAUCAAAGAAAACUAAAAAUGACUCACAAAAUGGGAGAAAGAGAAGAGAGAAAAGUAAAAAAGGGAUUUCAUGGAGGCACUCAAGUAGAUCCAGACGUCUUAUUGCCAACGCUAGGGAACGUUCACGAAUCCACAUUAUGAGCGAGGCAUUUGAUUCUUUGAGACGAGCAGUGCCUAGUUAUUCACAUGAUCAAAAACUUUCAAAGCUGGCCAUUUUGAGACUUGCAACCAGUUAUAUUUCAGCAUUGGCUCAUUUAAAGCAUUUGGCGGAGAAUGAUUCUUCGGGAAAUUCUUUGCAGCUCUUUGCGGAUUGUGUUGAUCAGUGUACUCGAGCUUUACAGACGGAAGGAAGGGCGAAAAGAAAAGAAGUGCCAAGGAAAACAUUUAAUGACAAUGGAAUGAGCUUAUGAACAUAAGAAUUCGAAGAUAAAAUGAUCGAAGAGGAAUGGAAAAGGAAAAUCAUGUGAAUAAUAAUAGGGUCUGAAACAAAGAUCAUAUAUACCUGAUUCAUACAUUUUGCGUUUUGCGCUCAUACUUUGCUGUUAUCAUAGCCGUCAUGUUUGUUGAAUGUAACGAAUGAUAUUUCAUUUGUAUCUCUUGUUAUAUCAUUCUACAUAGUGGCGACCAUGUCGUUUGUAUUUUCAUUCUUUUGGGAAUGACGGCAAGUCUGUCAUAUUUGAUCUAUACAAAUACGUAUAGAGUAUCGCACGGGUCAAAUAAGAUCCAAGAGUUCUCCAAAACUGUCCGAGUCGCUACCAAACUUUGAAUCUCGGUAUACGAGAUCUAAAAGACCCAAUUUGACACCAAAACUUCGCAAAAUGUAUAGUGAUAGUUAUUAGAGCUUAUUAGAGAUCGGUAAUUUCCCCCUCAAAGCACGUUAAGAAGAGAAAAUUAAUAUAUAGCUGUACAAAAAUAAAUGUAAUAUAUUUGUUAGGGGAGAAUAAUGAUAUAUAUAUAUAGUAUAAAUAUAGAAGAUUAGGUUUACGCAUGCGUAAAGGCACAAGUUGCGCAUGCGCGUAGAACUUGAUACGGCUUGUGCGCACCCAUUUUCUUGGUGUUUGAUUGGUCGGAGAAAAGUAAUUUUGAGAGCCAAUGUACUGUGCGCAUGUGCUUCGUGCCGAACCUAUUCCACAGCAUAGUACAGUUGCAAUAUUAGCUAUUCCAAGGUCGAGGGAAAAACUGGAUCGAGUUGGCAUUGCUGUGUAUUGUGGGUCUGCUUAGGGGACGAAAUAGACGCUAACUUGUAAAUAUGUCCCUAAAACAGCCCCAUAAUGCAUUGCAAUGCCAACUCCUCAACCUCGCAAGGGCUAAUAUAUGGUAUAAAUAAAUGGUUUUAAAUGGA